CGGGCGCUGGGAUCACGUGCGGGGUCAGUUCGGCCAACCGGAAGCGGCGGCGCCUGCCUUCCGGUUGCGCGGCCUGGCCGAUGUACAAACUGGGGUUCUCCCCAUCUUGACUGGUUGCCGUUGGCGACUUCCACCCCGCUGCUGAGCGGGAACCUUUAGCCACGGCGUGUCCACUGACCGGGGGGAUUCUCAAAGGGGUGAGGCCCGAACUUCGGGCAUGCGUAGUGUAGUAAAUUUGCCUCUCCCUGGCUAAUGAGAUAGAGCGGCUUCUGGCGCGCAGUACAUCAUGGGAUACUUCUCCGCCAUCCGCAGUCUACCGAAGUUCGGAAACCCAAGUUUGCCACAGGCUCUCCGCUGAUUAUUCUUCAUUCAAUUUACCCUGCAUGGUAUAGAGACUGCUGAGAAAGCCUCACUUUCUAUGUCCCUAUCCAGACAGUGUCUCUGAGCACAGAACAAAGAAAGUUGAAACCAAACAUUCACACCAAGAUCUUGCAGACUGACUUGGGAGUGCCAGGAUCUGACAAACCAUAGACAACGACCGAUGGAAGGAGAGCCCUGUGACGUCCUCAGGGACAUGCCUGUCUCUGAGGGUGUGCUGGGGGGAGCACCCUCUGGGGAGGGCCUGUUGUCCUGCACGCUGUGUGGGAAGGUUUUUCCUAACCAGUCCAUGCUAUGCCACAACCAGCUGGGUAAUACCGAGAUCGGGCCCUUCAGGUGUGACGGCUGCAGCGAGGCCUUAAAGAGCGGCCAGGACCCUUCUCAGCAUCAGCAGAUCCACACAGGUGAGAAGAGCAUCACCUGCCCCGAGUGUGGCAAGGCCUUCAGCAGCUUCUCCUACCUGCAGGCGCACCUGCGCAGCCACACCGGCGAGCGGCCCUUCUCCUGCCCCGAGUGUGGAAAAGCCUACGGCCACUCCUCCCACCUGGUAGUGCACCGGCGCACCCACACCGGCGAGCGCCCCUUCUCCUGCCUUGAGUGCGGCAAGAGCUUCAUUCACUCCUCUCACUUACAUCAGCACCGAAGGACCCACACUGGUGAGCGGCCUUUUUCCUGCCCUGACUGUGGCAAAGCCUUUGUUCAGUCUGCCCACCUUGUGGAGCAUCGGAGAGUUCACACUGGGGAGAAGCCCUUCGCCUGCCCCUUCUGCGGGAAGAGCUUCGCCGGGUUGUCACAGCUCCACAGCCAUCAGCGGUCGCACACGGGGGAGAAGCCCCACACUUGCCCCGACUGCGGGAUGAGCUUCAGUACCACCUGCACCUUGCGGCAGCACCAACAUGUCCACACCGAGGAGCGCCCCUACCCCUGCCCCGAGUGUGGCAAGGUCUUCAAAAGACCCCGGUACCUGAAGCAGCACCUCGUGAUCCACACCGGGGAGAGGAACUACUACUGCACCGUCUGCGGGAAGGCCUUCGUCCGCUAUUCCUACCUGUGGAGGCACCGGCAGGUUCACAAGAAGGAGACAAGGCUAUGGAUUAUCGUACUGGAGACAACUAGCCAGCCGGGAUUGCCAUUGGUCGUAUCUUUGGCUCACAGCUCGUUGACACGUCACCUCAACCUCUGCGACUCUGCCUUAUUGGUGAAGCUCACAGAUGGAGGCGGGACUUUGCUGGCGGCAGCGGUGAUUGGUCGGCAGCCGUAUCCCAGGCGGCAGAGUGGUGGACCUGAUCCCCGGGAACGGAGAACCUCGGCAAUGGACAGUGAGAGCGGGAAGCAGAGUGCGCCGGAGGAGGAGGGCCCGGCGGAGGGGGAGAACCACAUCUGCUCGGUGUGCGGGCUGAGCUUCAGCCGCCUGGAGGAGGUGGAGGCCCACGCCCGCGAGCACGCCCGGCCGGAGACCUACCAGUGUGAGGUGUGCGGAGAGUCCUGGCUGUACCCCAGGCUGCUGGAGGCGCACCGGCGCAUCCACACCGGCGAGACGCCCUUCACCUGCGCCGAAUGCGGCAAGGGCUUCACCCGAUCUGGCAACCUGCUGGCCCACCAGCGGGUCCACACUGGCGAGCGGCCCUUCCUCUGCACUCGCUGCGGCAAGGCCUUCAAGACAGCCCAGCACCUGAAGGAACACUUGCGGCUGCAUGCCUCCGCCCCCUCCCCGUGCCCCCGGUGCGGCAGAGACCCCAGAGGCAAGGAAUGCCCCAACUGUGUGGGGCGGGCGAAAGGGCCUGCUGGGGACGGGGGGCGUCUCCACAGCUGUCCCGAUUGCCGCAGGAGCUUCCGCAGCCCCCGGGACCUGGCCCAGCACCGGGGCGUCCACAGCGGGGAGCGGCCCCACGCCUGCCCCGUCUGCGGCAAGGGCUUCGCCCGCACCUCCGGCCUGCGGCGGCACCGGCUCGUCCACACCGGCGAGAAGCCCUUCACCUGCCCCGUCUGCGGCAAGGGCUACACCCAGUCGUCCAGCCUGCUGGCCCACCGCACCGUCCACACGGGCGAGAGCCCCUACUCCUGCCCCGACUGCGGCAAGGGCUUCACCCGCCUCUCCCACCUCAGCCAGCACCGGCGGGUCCACACCGGCGAGCGGCCCUUCACCUGCCCCGAGUGCGGCAAGGGCUUCACCCACUCCUCCAGCCUCCUGCGGCACCAGCGGGUCCACACCGGCGAGCGGCCCUUUGCCUGUCCCGUCUGUGGCCUGGAGUUCUCGCAGUCGUCCCACCUGCGGCGGCACCUGCCCGCCCACACCGGCCUCAAGCCCUUCGUCUGCGCUGAGUGCGGCAAGGGCUUCACGGAGUCCUCCAACCUGCUGAGGCACCAGCAGAUCCACACGGGUUGGCUGGAACCUGGAGGGCACUGCCUGAAGGGGGUGGUGGAGCUGAGACUUGCAACAUCGAAGAAGAGAUCGACACUACGGGCACGAUACGUCCGCCUGCCCCCGGAAGCCGACUCGGACGGACUUAAUAAGCCAGCAGCCUGCUGGAGAAGGGCCGGAACGGCUACACCCGAGUUCGGGGCAGACGGCCUGCAGGAGCACCAGUUGUGUGGCAAGGCCUGGCUCCAGCUGUCCGUGCUGGGCGCCCGCCGGCCAGCGCUUCGCCCACCCCUGCACGCCAGUGAGCGGCCUUUCGAGUGCUCCGUCUGCCCCAGAAGCUCCACGAGUUUCCAGGUCCUCGCUGGCGGGUGCACUCCAGUGGGUGGCCCUUCACCUGCCCCAGCUGCAGCAAGGGCCUCACCCAGUCCUCCAGCCUGCCCCGACAGCAGCGGGCCCACAUCACCAACUAGCUGGGUGCAUCUACGGAAAGGAUUCAGCAGCCAACGCCGCGGCCGAGACCCCUUUCGUCAAACCGGCCGAGCCAAGAGGGGGCGGGUCUUCAUGCUCCUGUCAAUCUGCGCCGUCGGAUCCUUCAAUCACCGACGGGAGGCGGAUUGGUCCUCCCUCCCGAUUGGUCAGGAGCUGGUGGCGUCACAGAGCCCUGGGUUCACGUGGGGAGAUCCCAGUGUGGAGGAGACCCACAUCUGCUCGGUGUGCGGGCUCAGCUUCAAUGGACUGGCGGAGGUGGAGAGCCACAUGACUGUGCACACUAAGGAGAAGCGUUACGAGUGCGACGUGUGCGGUAAAGCCUGGCUCUACCCGUGCCUGCUGGAGACCCACCGCCGGGUGCACACUGGUGAGCGGCCCUUCACCUGCUCCGAGUGCGGCAAGGGCUUCACCCGCUACGACAGCCUCCUGAGGCACUACCGGGUCCACUCCGGUGAGAGGCCGUUCAAUUGCACCGACUGUGGGAAGGGCUUCAAAACGGCCCAGGACCUGAAGAUACACCGGAGGGUGCACACCGGGGAGAGGCCGUUCACCUGCAACGUCUGCGGGAAGUCCUUUGCGCAGUCCUCUGGCCUGCUGCGGCACCAGCGGGUCCACUCUGGAGAGCGGCCCUUCCAGUGCUCCGACUGCGGCAAGUGCUUCAAGACGUCCCCGGACCUGAAGGUGCACUGGCGGCUGCACACCGGCGAGCGGCCCUUCAUCUGUAUGGACUGCGGCAAGGGCUUCACCCGCUCCAACAGCCUGCUGGAGCACCAGCGUAUCCACACCGGCGAGCGCCCCUUCACCUGCUUCCAGUGCGGCAAGGGCUUCACCCACUCCUCCAAGCUGCUCAGCCACCAGCGGGUCCACAGCGGCGACCGGCCCUUCGGCUGCCCCGUGUGCGGCGAGCGGUUCAACCUGGCCUCGCACGCCCUGGCCCACCAGAGGAUCCACACCGACGAGCGGCCCUACGACUGCCCCUUCUGCGACGAGAGCUUCAAGACCACCCAGGACCUGAAGGAGCACCGGCGCACCCACACCGGCGAGCGGCUGUACAAGUGCUCCCACUGCGGCAAGAAGUUCAAGACCCCCCGGGGCCUGAAGGAGCACCAGCGGGUCCACACCGGCGAGCGGCCCUUCGUCUGCUCCGAGUGCGGCAAGGGCUUCACCCGCAUGUCCAGCCUGUGGCAGCACCGUCGCAUCCACAGCGGCGAGCGGCCCUUCCCCUGCGCUGUCUGCGGCAAGGGCUUCACCCGUCUGGACCACCUGCUGGAGCACCGCAGGGUCCACACCGGCGAGAAGCCCUUCACCUGCCCGGUCUGCGAGAAGUCCUUCGCCCGCUCCUCCAGCCUGCUGGCCCACCGCACCGUCCACACCGGCGAGAAGCCCUUCACCUGCCCGGUCUGCGGCGAGCGCUUCGCCCGCUCCUCCAGCCUGCUGGCCCACCGGCGCGUCCACACCGAUGAGAAGCCCUUCACCUGCUCCGUCUGCCGGAGUGGCUUCAAGACGUCCCGGGACCUGAAGGAGCACCGGCGCACCCACACCGGCGAGCGGCCCUUCACCUGCCCCGAGUGCGGCAAGGGCUUCGUCCAGUCAUCCCACCUGAUGGAGCACAGGAGGAUCCACACCGGCGAGCGCCCCUUCACCUGCCCCGUCUGCGGCAAGGGCUUCACCCAGUCCUGCAACCUCCUGCAGCACCAGCGGGUCCACACUGGCGAGCGGCCCUUCGUCUGCCCCAUCUGCGGCAAGGGCUUCACCCACUCCUCCAGCCUCCUGCUCCACCAGCGCAUCCACACCGGGGAGAAGCCCUUCACCUGCUCCGUCUGCGGCAAGGGCUUCAACCGCUCCUACACCCUGCUGGCCCACCGCACUGUCCACACCGGCGAACGGCCCUUCACCUGCCCCGAGUGCGGCAAGGGCUUCGCCCGCUCGGCCACCCUACUGGAACACCAGGCCAUUCACCGGAGGGAGAGGCCCUUCUCCUGCCCCGACUGCGGCAAGGGCUUCGCCCGCUCGGCCAGCCUGCUGGCCCACCGCGCCGCGCACGGCAGCGAGAGCCCCUACGCCUGCGCCGAGUGCGGGCAGGGCUUCAGCCGCUCCUCCAGCCUCCUGGAGCACCAGGCCGUGCACGCCAAGGAGAAGCGCUUCACCUGCUCCGAGUGCGGGAAGGGCUUCACCCGCUCGGCCAGCCUCCUGGAGCACCAGGCCAUCCACACCGGGGAGAAGCCCUUCACCUGCUCCGAGUGCGGCAAGGGCUUCACCCGCUCGGCCAGCCUCCUGCAGCAUCAGGCCUUCCACACCGGGGAGAGGCCCUUCACCUGCUCCGACUGUGGGAAGGGAUAUUCCCUGUCCUCUAGCCUGCUGAGGCACCAGCGCACCCACCUGGAGGUCAGCCCCCCCUCCGAGAACGGUCAGCCGGCUGGUCCUUCCCCCUCCUGCGAGGGUGGUGGAUCCGAGCCAGGGAGGAGUCCCUCGCCUGCCCAGGGCGAGGCGCCUGAUUCCCACAGCCCUUCGUCCCCGGCACCCGUUCCCACAGAGGGCAGCGCGUCCCGCUGAGAUAGUCUGAGGGAGAGCGGGGUGAAGGCUGCCCAACCAAUGACCUGGCUAGUACAGGCUCGAUGGGACGAAGGGCCUGCGUUGUGUAACCCGUGACCCCAGGUUGUUGAUUGUUAUCGGACUGAGGGAAGUGGAGGGGUCCAAACCAUCCUGCUCCAAGCAAAGAAAGAGGCCCUUCACCCCAUCACUUCAGUGGUGACUGUCCAGACUCCAUCUUCUCUAAUCCCAAUACCAGCACUGGGUCCAAAAAUGUCUCCACUGGUCCUGAUAUUUCUACAACAUUGUGCGAAUCUUAACACCCACUGCUCCUCAGGAGGUACAGUUGUGGGUCCAACACCCCCCCCCCCCCCCCCCCCCAGUCUCCGAUCUCCUCACCUCCGGAAUUAGAUAUCCCUGCCAAGGAGAAAUGGUUCUCACUGUCAGUUUGGACUUUGAUCCUCAUUACUCUGUUCCAUAGCAUCAUCCCCCUUAGCCAAGUCUCUCCUUGUUACUGAGCCAGGCCAUCUCCUCUGUACCCCCUCCAGUAGAGUCACAGCUGCCCGAGAGCGCUGACAGAGUCCGAGUCAUGAAGGUCCACCACAAUUUCCCUGUUCUUACAUUGCAUGUCCCAAGUAAUGAACAUAAGCAUCUUGUACACCCUGCCCACUUCAGCUGCCACCUUGGGGUCCCUGCACUUGUACACUGAGGUCCCUCGACACUCCCCACCAUUCACAGUGUGUGUCCUACCCUCGUACAUCGAGGUCCCUCUGUCCCUCGACACUCCCCACCAUUCACAUUGUGUAUCCUACCCUCGUACGUCGAGGUCCCUCUGUCCCUCGACACUCCCCACCAUUCACUAUGUGUGUCCUACCCUCGUUCACCGAGGUCCCCCUGUUCAUCAAUAACUGUACCUUUCCUUGCAAUGUCCUACCACCCCAGUUAGCCCAACGAGACACUUAGCAAGAUCAACAUCCUGUCCUGCCAUUCUGCCUGGUUUACAAACAAAGCAAUAUCUUUCUGUAGCCUCUACCUGCACUGCUAAACAUUAACAAUACUCCUGAUUUUGUGCCAUUUUCAAACCACCUACAUUCACAUCAGAAUCAUUCAUGUCUUAAAAAACAAGAGACCCAGCACCCGUCCCGUGGUACACCGUGGGGUCCCAGCACCUGUCCCGUGGUACACUGCGGGGUCCCAGCACCCAUCCCAUGGUACAUCGCGGGGUCCCGGCACCCAUCCCGUGGUACACCAUGGGGUCCCAGCACCCAUCCCGUGGUACACCAUGGGGUCCCGGCACUCAUCCCGUGGUACACCAUGGGGUCCCAGCACCCAUCCCGUGGUACACCAUGGGGUCCCAGCACCCAUCCCGUGGUACCCUGCGGGUCCCAGUGCCCAUCCCGUGGUACACCGCGGGUCCCAGCACCCAUCCGGUGGUACACCAUAGGUUCCGGCUUCUGAGUCCCGUCUACACCCUCUCCAUCCUUCUUAAAUCCGAGUCCCUCAUGAUGCACUGAUGCGCUCUCAGCUCACUCCCCCGGCCCAGCUUCAGGGAAAACAGUCCUGACCUAUCUAAUGUAAUGCAAGCCUUCGCGUUUGGAUCUCCCGUCCCCUGGAACAUUGAGUUGCCCCUCUUUCAGCUGCCUCCCCAUGAUUACGACAAUGCUGAAAGUGCACCUGUCUUUCUCAUCCGACACACUCCAGCAGCUUGGCCAGUCCUCGUCCCUCCGUCCAGUCCUCAUAGAACACGGAGAAGUACAGGGCCUUCAGUUCUGUGCUGAACAUGGUGCCAAGUUAAACUGAAUCUCAUCUGCCUGCGUAUCAUCCAUCUCCUUCCAUCACCCACGUGUCAAUAAUUACUUAUUAAAUCCAACUCCCCUUCUGGAGCAAGGUCGUCAUCAGCAGCUUGAGAGAGUCCUCUGUCCUGGGCCAGUCCCCAGCUGUAGCCCGUCUUCAUGGUGUAUCCUCCCUCUCCCAGGAAUGAGGUCUUCGGAGCGUCAGCGGAUGUUUCUGUAGCUCUGGGUCUUCAUGGGAUGAGCCCCCACUGCCUGACCCUCCAUCUUCCGCCGCUGGGCAUGGGACCAUCCGUCACAAAGUUCCACAUGUCAAUGUAUCGAUCUAAAAGCCCCUUAAAUGGCAACAUGGUAUCUGCAUCCACCUCUGGCAACCCGUUCCAAACACCCAGCACUCUGUAAAGAAAUGUGCUUUGGAAAUACUCUUCCAGAUUUUCCCCUCUCACCUUAAAACUUUCUGCUUCAAUAUUUCACGUUUACACCCCGGUGGGGAAAGGCUGACCAUCCGAUCGCUGCCUCUCAUAAUUUUAUAAACCCCUUUCAGGUCUCCGCUCAGCUGACGCCACUCCUGAGAAAAGGUUCAAAGUGCAUUUAUUAUCAAAGUAUGUAUGUUAUGUACAGUCUUGAGAUCCGUCUCCUUCCUGCAGCCACGAAGCAAAGAAACCCAUUAGAGAAAGAAGCCCCAAUACGCAGAAAGGAAUUUAAAAAUCAUGCAAACAUUCGGAACUGAACUUCACAAAGUGAGUCCGUGGCCACAAAACCAGUCCAGGGGCCCGUUAAGUUGCAGGCCUCAGCCUCACAACCCAAGUUUGUCCAAGAUUGGAUGUGGAGAGGAUGUUUCCUAUAGUGGGAGAGUCCGGGACCAGAGGGCACAGAUAGAGUGGUUGUGGAGAGGAUGUUUCCUGUAGGUGGGGAGUCUAGGACCAGAGGGCACAGAUAGAGUGGUUGUGGAGAGGAUGUUUCCUAUAGUGGGGGAGUCUGGGACCAGAGGGCACAGAUAGAGCGGAUGUGGAGAGGAUGUUUCCUACAGUGGGGGAGUCUGGGACCAGAGGACACAGAUAGAGUGGAUGUGGAGAGGAUGUUUCCUAUAGUGGGGGAGUCUAGGACCAGAGGACACAGAUAGAGUGGAUGUGGAGAGGAUGUUUCCUACAGUGGGAGAGUCCAGGACCAGAGGACACAGAUAGAGUGGAUGUGGAGAGGAUGUUGCCUAUAGUGGGAGAGUCCAGGACCAGAGGGCACAGAUAGAGUGGAUGUGGAGAGGAUGUUUCCUAUAGUGGGAGAGUCCAGGACCAGAGGGCACAGAGUGGAUGUGGAGAGGAUGUUUCCUAUAGUGGGAGAGUCCAGGACCAGAGGGCACAGAUAGAGUGGAUGUGGAGAGGAUGUUUCCUAUAGUGGGGGAGUCUGGGACCAGAGGGCACAGAUAGAGUGGGUGUGGAGAGGAUGUUUCCUAUAGUGGGGGAGUCUGGGACCAGAGGACACAGCCUCAGAAUAGAGAGAGACAUCCACUGCGAGCCAAGAUGGGAAAGAAUUUCUUUAGCCAAAGGGUGGUGAAUCUGUGGAAUUCAUUGCCAUGAAUUCUGUAGAGGCAAAGUCUUUGAGUAUAUUUAAAGCAGAGGUUUAGAUAGGUUCUUGAUUAGUCAGGGCAUCAAAGGUUACUGGGAGAAGGCAGGAGAGGGAUAAUAAAUCAGCCAUGACGGAUCAGUGGAACAGAUGCAAUGGGCCAAAUGGCCUAAUUCUGCUCCUAUGUCUUAAGAUUGUGUGCUCUCUCCCCAUAGCAUAUGCUCUCUGGUUCAGGCAGCAUCCUGGUGAAUUCCUUCGGCCCUCUCCAAAACCUCCAUGACCUUCCUGUAAUGGGUUGACCAGAACUGAACACAGUGCUCCAAGUGCACUGCGGCCAAGGUUUAUCCCAGCUGCAAUGGGAUUGCCCGAUUCUUUGCUGCAGCGCCCGAACAAAUGAAGGCAAGUAUGCCAUAUAACUUCUUCACCUGUCCACUAGAGGGAGCUGUGUACUUGCAAGAUCUAUCUAUACAUCAGUGCUCCUAGCAUUAACUGUGUGUCUUCCCCUUUACAAUUGACCUCUCAAAGCGUAAUACCUUGUACUGGCCCAGAUUAAUCUUCAUCUGCCACUUCCCCACCCAUUGUUCUGUAUUGUAGGAAAAGCUCAGCAGGUCAGGCAGCAUCUAUGGAAAGGAAUAAGCAGUCGACAUUUUGGGCGGAGGCCCGCUUCAGGACGAAGGAGGAUGAGGGGCCUCAGCCCAAAACAUGAGUCCUGAUGAAGAGUCUUUGUCUGCAACAUCGACUAUUUUUUUUCAUUUCCAUGGACGCUGCUUAGCCUGCCCUUUCACGCCAGCAUUUUGCGUCUGUUCUCUUGUGUUUAUGCUCUGUAGCCUGCUCGUUUCCUUACAAGUGCCCCUGUCCUGCUGCCUUGAAUCAAAUUAAACCCUCCUCCGCCCACUCGAGGAUGCUGGGGUCCAUUCAGAUUCAAGCUUAAGGCGGCCACCCUCCCCAGAAACGGCGCCGGUGACCCAGAAGUUGAAGGGUCUCUCGCCAGCAUUUUAACCCAACCUCCCCUUAUUGGGUAGCACGCGGCAGCAGGAGUUGUCAGGGUUUUCCACGCUGGACACCAUGUUUGCGUCACAGGACCUCGCUCGGCCAUGGCAGGUUUCCGACGACAUCCCCCUCCCAACCCCCCCCCCCAAGGUGAAACACGGCAGCCGAUUGAAAACAAGGACUUACACAACUUUUCAUCAAUGCAGAAUUGUAUUCCAUUUAAAUAAAUGUCUUUCUUUUCCCCCCCCCCCCCACAGUAGAUAUGCCCCAUGUAAUCAGUGUUAUCCAAUUAUAA